AUGGUUUGGUCUGAGACUAGGAUCGAAUCCGCCGUGUUAGCAGAAGUCUCGAGCAAUAUGACCGUGACACCGGCCACCCUUAUUAAGGUCUAUUUCUCUCAAACCUCAGUCUCCGAUAUGGCACCUGUCGUUCUUUUCGUUCCAGGCUUCUGGGAAGGCCCCUCCGUUUUCAAUAAAGUAACUUCUCUCCUCGAAGCAGAUGGAAUCGCGACGGAAGUAGCAGAGCUUCCCAGCACGGGGAAAAUCUCACCCGGCAACCCUACUAUGAGAGAUGAUAUUUCAGCGGUGUGGAUUCGUAUCAAGACAAUUCUUGAGGGUGGAAACAACAUUAUCCUAGUCCUGCACUCAGCCGGUGGAUUCAUUGGCAGCGAAGCAAUUGAAGGUUUGGAUAAGCGGUCUCGCAGAGAUAAGCAUGGUGUAGUUGGUAUCGUUUUCCUUGCAAGAGCCGUUUUUCCAGAGGGCUAUGAACAUCAGCCUCUGCCUUUUGCUGUUGUUGAGCCGGAGGUCCUCCUUUUCGGCGACUUGCCAGAAGAUGAAAAGGCUCAAUGGCUCGCAGUCCUUAAACCACAACCAGCCCAGGGCUGGGAUGACACGGUCCGUUAUACGGGUUGGAAGGAUGUGCCCAGUACCUACCUGAUAUGUGAGAGGGAUAAUGCUGUGCCAGUCCCGCUUCAGGAGCAACUGGCUGGUCUUGCCGGAACAUACGAAAAGGGAAUCGCGCGAUUCGGCGUGAGUAAUGAUGGGUCGUCUCAGAAUCAGCUUGAUGAGGCAGUCAGAAGGCGUCUUCAAGAGCUAAAGGAUGUCAAAUUGAAAUUUGUUAUUUCGGGAAGAGAGAUCAUCGUGCGCGAGCAGGUUUCUCGAGCUUUUCACGUUCUCAUAUCUGCGAAAGAUCUCAUCUCCGCAGCCAUUUCGUCUGAUCCACAUGCGUCAUUGGCAUGGGCGGGAGUCUUGAUCCUUCUUGAUCCUAUCGCCAAGUCAACUACCCAAGAUGACGAUGCAAUGGAUGGACUAGAAAAGAUCUCGCAUCUGAUGAUCCGAUAUAGAAUCUUGGAGUCUACCCCUGCGACGGCCCCGGCUGGAAACUCAACAACGCCCUGGGAGGAGCUGGAGGCAUCAAUCAAAGCUCAGAUUAUCCACCUCUACACGGAAAUUCUGAAGUAUCAGAUGCAGUUGGCUGGCCACCUCUCAAAGUCAGGUCUUUUUCGGUUUUUUGAUGAUCUCACUGGUUCGGAUGACUGGAAGGGAAUGAUUCAAGGAAUGAAGGACAUUAAUGAGGGCAUAAAUAAUAGUUUGAGAAGCUUGAGCGCUCAUUCGCUCAAGAGUAUCGAACUUCAGGUGGAAAAGAUAGAUCGUGGUAUGGACGAUCUGACAAAAACAAUGAAGGAGACUAAAGAAGAAUUGACGGUUAGCUGA